GUUGUUGGCCGCGACCGCGGGGUGGGGCGGAGUACCUCCGCUCCGCCUCUUCGGAGCUGGCUGGACUGUGGCCAGCCGGAUCCGCGACGUCCCAGUCCCACAUUCCAGCAGCUUCCCUUCCUCCUCCUAUCUCUCCCCCGCACCCUCCUCCUCAGUUCCUAGAGCCGCUGGAGCUCCGACCCAGAAUUCCACUCGCGUCCUCUCCCGCCACGGUCGCUACUGUACAGUACAGUCCAGCCCCGAAAUCUGUCCACUCGUUCGCAACCCAGUCCGGCGGCCCGAGUGGCUCUCGUCGGCUCCAAGAAGCUCGCACCGCGGUCCCGUGCGGAUGGCGGCGAGGCUCGCGGCGGCGGUGCUGCUCUGCGCCUGCGCGGUGGGGCCGGCGACGGCGCUGGGGGUGAACUGGGGCACGCAGGCGACGCACCCGCUGCCGCCCAAGGCCGUGGUGCAGGUGCUCCGGGACAACGGCAUCAAGAAGGUGAAGCUGUUCGAUGCCGACCCCGCCGCCAUGCGCGCGCUCGCCGGCACCGGCAUCGAGGUCAUGGUCGCCAUCCCCAACGCCAUGCUCGCGGGCCUGGCCGCCGACGCCGGCCAGGCCAGGAACUGGGUCAAGCACAACGUCAGGCGCUACGACUUCGACGGCGGCGUCACCAUCAAGUACGUGGCCGUCGGCAACGAGCCGUUCCUGGAGUCGUACAACGGGUCCUUCAUCAACGUCACGCUCCCGGCGCUGAAGAACGUCCAGAACGCUCUGAACGACGCCGGGAUCGGCGACCGGAUCAAGGCGACCGUGCCGCUGAACGCCGACGUGUACAACUCCCCUCGGAGCAACCCGGUUCCGUCGGCGGGGCGGUUCCGCGCCGACAUCGCGGGGCUGAUGGCGGACAUGGUGAGGUUCCUGGCUCGGAACGGCGCGCCCUUCACCGUGAACAUCUACCCGUUCCUGAGCCUGUACCUGAACGAGCACUUCCCGCUGGACUACGCCUUCUUCGACGGCGGCGCGGCGCCAGUGGACGACCACGGCGUGCUGUACACCAACGUGUUCGACGCCAACUUCGACACGCUGGUGGCGGCGCUGGGGGCCGUGGGGCACGGCGACAUGCCGGUGGUCGUGGGCGAGGUGGGGUGGCCCACGGACGGCGACAGGCACGCCAAGGCGUCCUACGCGCAGCGCUUCUACGCGGGCCUGCUGCGGCGGCUGGCGGCGAACACCGGCACGCCGGCGAGGCCGGGCCAGCGCCCGGCGGAGGUGUACCUGUUCGGGCUCGUCGACGAGGACGCCAAGAGCGUCGCGCCGGGCAACUUCGAGCGCCACUGGGGCGUGCUGCGGUACGACGGCCAGCCCAAGUUCGCCAUGGACCUCACGGGGCAGGGCCGGGACACGACGCUGGUGCCGGCGCGCGGCGUGGCGUACCUGUCCAGGACGUGGUGCGCGCUGAACCCCAGAGCCAAGGACCUCGGCAGGCUCGGCGCCAACGUCGACUACGCCUGCACGUUCGCCGACUGCACGCCGCUGGGGUACGGCUCCACGUGCGGCGGCAUGGACGUCGCCGGCAACGCGUCGUACGCGUUCAACGCGUACUACCAGGCGCAGAACCAGAAGGACGAGGCCUGCGACUUCCAGGGCCUUGCGCUGCCCACCGAGACCGACCCCUCCACCGCCACCUGCAACUUCACCAUACAGAUCCAGACGGGGGCGGCGGCCAUGGCGUCGCUCGGCCGGAGCGCGAGCGCCGCCGCGCUGGUGCUGGCGUCGGCGUCGCUGCAGCUCCUGGCGCUGUUGUGGUAGCAGCUGGUUUUGUGUGGAUGUGCGUGCUGGCAUGAAGAUCAACGUCGUGUACGGUUGGUUGAUUGAUUUCUGUGCAUUUUUUUAUCAUUCAAAACACGUUUUUUUAUAUAUAAUUUGGACCGGAGUAGAUGCUUGUUUACUUUCUA